UUUACGAGACAUUCUUCAGUAACAUUUACACUGUUGGUAAGAACGGUACAGAACUUCAUCUAACCUCGCAACAUCAUCAUCAAUGGAGUCAUCAGUCUUUAGAAACUUUAACCCGGAGUGUGUACGCGAUUUGUAGCUCGUUCCACGAACUCAAUUAUCUCUAAUCAAGAUCUUAAAGACGUGUCACCAUGAGUGUCAGCAUGAAUACCACGCUCAACGUGACCGCAUCCAACGACUCCUUAAACUCUAACUUCACCAACGACACUCGCAGAAGACCGCUUGGCGGUCCUCCUCCUUGUCCUUUAAUUACUACCGAGAAUCUCGCAUCAGCGGUCUGUUUCUCGAUCUUGAUUUUUAUGAUCUUAAUGGGCAACUCGCUGGUCAUUGCUUCCUUUAGGGUCAACCGCCGACUUCGAACCAAGACGAACUAUUUCAUCCUGUCAUUAGCAUUCGCUGAUCUGGCUAUAGGCUCCAUAAGCGUUCCUUUAUGGAUCUACAUAACUUUGUGUCCUGCGAUACAGAGUCCAAUGCACCCUAAUUACAUURUAAUGGAAAUAUGGAAUGUUUUGGACGUUGUUGUUGGGGUGUCGUCGAUUCUGAAUUUAACCAUGAUUAGCCUGGAGAGAGGAUACGCCUUGAUGAGGCCAAUACAACACAGAAAUAUCAAGAAAAGGAUCAUAGUGUUCGCCAUCUUGAUAGCGUGGUCAUUAGCGUUGUUUGCAGGAUGUUUGCGCCCAAUGCCUCUACCAGAAGAUGCCAAGAAGGCCUACGGGAUAAUUGUUACUGUAACCUUCUUCAUUGUACCGCUUAUUAUCAUCUUAACUACCUACGCUGUAAUUUUUAAGAUUGCUCGUGCGCAUGCUCGCGGUAGAGGAGUCCGUUCAUUUAAAAAGGACUUAAGAAUCGCUACCACAGUUGCUGUUGUGAUAGGGUUUUUCUCUGUUGCUUGGCUUCCGUUUUUCUCUCUUAACUUUCUAUUUUCCAUCUGUUUUCGGUACAACAUUUCCGUGUGCAGGAAGGUACCACCGAAAAUAGUCCCAUACAUCAAAUGGAUGCAGUACGGCAACUCCGCGUGUAACCCCAUAAUCUAUGGUUUCCGAAACAAAGACUUCAAGCUAGCAUUUAAGAAAAUUCUAUUGAAAAUGUGCGGCAAGGACAUCGCUCUUACUUCGUACACCCGAAGUACUUACGUCAAGACAGCGAGGAAUCGCUUCGUGCGUUCGGAUUCCAGUUUCGACGAAUCCCAGUCGGUGCUCUACCCAGAUCAGAUCGUACCUCCUGGAAUGUACGACAUGAGGGAGAGUUACAGAAGCGCGAUCGAUCGAGGUCAUAGUUUACCGAAGAAGCGCAAGUCUCCAAAGAAGAAUUUAGCGCACGGGUUGAUGGCGUUAAACGUGGAAACCUUUAGUAUGCCAGUUGACUCCCCUGAGAAGAAUACUUCCAAGUCAAAUCCUUCAAAACCAGCAUCCGAGGUUAUGUCGGAUACAAAUAGCAAUACCGCUGACACCAAAUCUAGUCCGUCAAAAAAUGGGAUCCACACGUCCUUAGAUAUUGAUAUCUAUCCCUAUGAGGGCACGAGGCUAGCACGUGAUAAAGGUGUAAUCAAUGAAUCGUUUGUGAAAAGCCAAGAAGACGUGACCGGAAGUCAAACGAAUAGGUGUAGUUCGCGUGUUUCAUUUGCUGAUACAAAUGGUAUUGCUAAUGGAGGAUUGGUCAUUGAUGAGCAAGAAUAUCAUCUAGAUUUAACAAUUCCUCUAGAGCAGAAAGAACGUUCAUAUUCUGACGUGACGCCCGUGUUAUCUAAAGACGACGAUGGGCCUUCUGGUAAUAGACGUUCAUCGCUUACGUAAACCCCCACCCUAUCCCCCUUAGCAGUAAUGAUACGCUGUCAUCACCAUAUAACGACAUAUUGGUGAAAAAUGAAACAGCCAUAUAUAUUAGGGCAAGGACAUAUGAAUGCUGAUUAACCAAAUGCUUAUAUGCUAGCCUCUUUGUACAUAAAAUACACAAAAACAUUUAGCGUGAUAUCGAUUGAAAUAUCGUAAAAUAUACUUUUUGAAUGAUUGAUAAUUGUUAAAUCUGCAACCAAACUACACGUUAUUUUAGCAUAAGUUUUCUCUUAUUUUAUCUUAGAAAAUAAGUUUUAAGGAUUUUAAAGGUAUAUGAUUGAAUUUUAUGAAUUUAAAGUUAGAUUUGUAGUAUUAUAUUUUUAAUAUUAGUGGCUGCUUUAAAAUGAAAAUAGCUAAGCUAACUGGAAUAAGAUCACGUGACCUAUCAAGGAAUCACGUGAUCUUUGUUAUCACGUGACAUAAUCUCUUACGCUUUCAAAGAGAAACAAUUGUAAAUAUCUAAGCAAAACUGCACAUUUAAAAGUUUUAUAUUAUAGUUUAUUUGAAAAACAUUUGUGUUUUUUAGAUUAAUACUACUCUUGUAGUGGAUUUUUCAUAGAUCUGAUAGGUUUUCCCUUUUAAUUUCUUGUGAAUGUGUGGGAGUAUAGUGUUUCUUCAAGUGAACUUUAUAAAAUCUUUUAUUUUUUUAGA